AUGGGCGCUGGACCCUCAAAGCAUAGACCCUAUCCAUUUCCAGUUCCAAUCGUUAACUCUAACGGAAUGCAAACAACAACUUGGUCCUCAGUCAGGACGAAGAAGGGCAAGGAGAAGGCACACCCAGAACUAUAUCAGCAAUAUUCAAAUGGAUAUCCGACUGCUGCAUAUCCGAGUCAUGGGUUCCAGUAUUACCCACAGGUACAAUCUGGGUAUCCACAAAUGAGUGGGUAUUAUCCGGUGGCCAUGGUUCCUAUGCAGCAGCCUCUGGUUAUGCCGCAGGCAUAUGUUCCGGUCGCUGCUUUUCAAAACGCAGCUGGUCAGCCACCUGUACCAGUUAUUCACCCUGCAGAGCAAGUACGGAUGCUAGAGCCAUCUAACAAUCAAGGCCCUGUGAUGCCCAAUGUGACUGGUCGACGAGAUCCCGUUGUUCCUCCACCCCCUGUCAUAACUAACGUGCAACCCCAACGCGACACAGCUUUUCCCCCUCCUCCUAUCAUAAAUGACUCGUAUUACUCAUCUCACCCACAACCCACUGCGCGCAUGCCCGAGCCACAUGUAGGCAAUCGGGCGACUCCAGGCCCCGUCAUCCCCGGUAUGACUGGUCGACCAGGAGAUCCAGUUGUUCCUGCUCCCCCCGACUUGACUGACGCACAGCGUGCAGCUAACUCGUCAUCUCGUCCAAGAUUCACCGACUUCUACCAACCAGCUGAUCAUCCCAUUUCCAUGCCCGAACCUUAUUUAAGUGAUGUACCAUUCAGGCCACCGACUGUCCCUCCCAUACGAAUGGCAACGCGGCAAAAUCCCCUUCCCUCUCCUCCUAGAGACAUAUGGGAUACCACUCCAUAUCGUCAAGUUUUACAGGAACUCCCAAAGGACAUAACCCUCUCCUUCAACGUCGAACACAUGGAAGAAAUGGAAGACAUGCUGGCUCAACCAGGAGGUCCAAUAUCGCGUCUAGGAAAGCUAUUUGGCUCUAGUAGUAAGCGUAAGGGUAAAUCACGACAGGGACUCUUUCGCACUUUCAGCACAUCGGGGGGCGAUAGCGAAUCUGGUGGUCAUCAUCAUCGUUCCAAUACCGUGACAUCAUUCGUUAUACCACCAACUGCAGUCAUGCCCGAUAGGGUAAACCCAUACACUGGAAGUGGAGCCCCACCGCAAGCUAUGCCAGUUCCCGAUCGCGGACCACCCGUCAAGUUUGACCAUACGGGUGAACUAUCCGGAUUUGUAAAUCACUCACAACACCGAGUGAUGUACAAAAACAAAAUGUACCCAACGGCGAUGCACCUCCUUGAGGCGAUGAAGUUCACGGAACACCCUAAGCUUCAGGAGCGUAUACGAAAGUGCACCGAUGUUGGUGACAUGUACCCGUUGUCGGCUAGUUUUCAGGACCACGUGCGACCAGAUUGGGGCCAGGUAUUCUUGAGGACUAUGGAAGAUGUGCUGUAUAUAAAGUUCAAGCAACAUCCUAGCCUUCGGACAUUACUUUUGCGCACAGGCCUUGCUGAUAUUGUGUAUGCCGAUGCCAAUGAUGCGUACUGGGGUCAUGGUCCUUCAGGUGAUGGUGCCAACGAACUUGGAAAGGCCUUGAUACGCGUACGGGACAGACUUCGUGCGGAAGGGGAAAGAUAG